CCCACCGCCUAGCGUCCUUCCCCCUAUCCCCUCAGGCUCGGCUGCGCCGGGGGCCGUGGGCCGGUACCUGAGGUGGCUCAGGCGCCCUCAGCCCGCGGCGCCACCCGGGCCGCUCCUCCCCGCGCCCCCCGCGCCUCCGCCUCCGCCUCCCCCAGCUCUCCGCCUCCCUUCCCCCUCCCCGCCCAGCAGCGGCCGCCCGGGCCCCAGCUCUCGGUUAUAAGAUGGCGGCGCUGAGCGGUGGCGGUGGCGGCGGCGCGGAGCCGGGCCAGGCUCUGUUCAACGGGGACAUGGAGCCCGAGGCCGGCGCCGGCGCCGCGGCCUCUUCGGCUGCGGACCCUGCCAUUCCUGAGGAGGUGUGGAAUAUCAAACAAAUGAUUAAGUUGACACAGGAACAUAUAGAGGCCCUAUUGGACAAAUUUGGUGGGGAGCAUAAUCCACCAUCAAUAUAUCUAGAGGCAUAUGAAGAAUACACCAGCAAGCUAGAUGCACUCCAACAAAGAGAACAACAGUUAUUGGAAUCUCUGGGGAACGGAACUGAUUUUUCUGUUUCUAGCUCUGCAUCAAUGGACACCGUUACAUCUUCUUCCUCUUCUAGCCUUUCAGUGCUACCUUCAUCUCUUUCAGUUUUUCAAAAUCCCACAGAUGUGGCACGGAGCAACCCCAAGUCACCACAAAAACCUAUCGUUAGAGUAUUCCUGCCCAACAAACAGAGGACAGUGGUACCUGCAAGGUGUGGCGUUACAGUCCGAGACAGUCUAAAGAAAGCACUGAUGAUGAGAGGUCUAAUCCCAGAGUGCUGUGCUGUUUACAGAAUUCAGGAUGGAGAGAAGAAACCAAUUGGCUGGGACACUGAUAUUUCCUGGCUUACUGGAGAAGAAUUGCAUGUGGAAGUGUUGGAGAAUGUUCCACUUACAACACACAACUUUGUACGAAAAACAUUUUUCACCUUAGCAUUUUGUGACUUUUGUCGAAAGCUGCUUUUCCAGGGUUUCCGCUGUCAAACGUGUGGUUAUAAAUUUCACCAGCGUUGUAGUACAGAGGUUCCACUGAUGUGUGUUAAUUAUGACCAACUUGAUUUGCUGUUUGUCUCCAAGUUCUUUGAACACCACCCUAUACCACAGGAAGAGCCUUCCUUAGCAGAGACUGCUCUUACAUCUGGAUCAUCCCCUUCCGCACCCCCCUCAGACUCUAUUGGGCCCCAAAUUCUCACCAGUCCAUCUCCUUCAAAAUCCAUUCCAAUUCCACAGCCCUUCCGACCAGCAGAUGAAGAUCAUCGAAAUCAAUUUGGGCAACGAGACCGGUCCUCAUCAGCUCCCAAUGUGCAUAUAAACACAAUAGAACCUGUCAAUAUUGAUGACUUGAUUAGAGACCAAGGAUUUCGUGGUGAUGGAGCCCCUUUGAACCAGCUGAUGCGCUGUCUUCGGAAAUACCAAUCCCGGACUCCCAGUCCCCUCCUACAUUCUGUCCCCAGUGAAAUAGUGUUUGAUUUUGAGCCUGGCCCAGUGUUCAGAGGAUCAACCACAGGUUUGUCUGCCACACCUCCUGCCUCAUUACCUGGCUCACUCACUAACGUGAAAGCCUUACAGAAAUCUCCAGGACCUCAGCGAGAAAGGAAGUCAUCUUCAUCCUCCGAAGAUAGGAAUCGAAUGAAAACACUUGGUAGACGGGACUCAAGUGAUGAUUGGGAAAUUCCUGAUGGGCAGAUUACAGUGGGACAAAGAAUUGGAUCUGGAUCAUUUGGAACAGUCUACAAGGGAAAGUGGCAUGGUGAUGUGGCAGUCAAAAUGUUGAAUGUGACAGCACCCACACCUCAGCAGUUACAAGCCUUCAAAAAUGAAGUAGGAGUACUCAGGAAAACACGACACGUGAAUAUCCUUCUCUUCAUGGGCUAUUCCACAAAGCCACAGCUGGCUAUUGUUACCCAGUGGUGUGAAGGCUCCAGCUUGUAUCACCAUCUCCAUAUCAUUGAGACCAAAUUUGAGAUGAUCAAACUUAUAGAUAUUGCACGACAGACUGCACAGGGCAUGGAUUACUUACACGCCAAGUCAAUCAUCCACAGAGACCUCAAGAGUAAUAAUAUAUUUCUUCAUGAAGACCUCACAGUAAAAAUAGGUGAUUUUGGUCUAGCCACAGUGAAAUCUCGAUGGAGUGGGUCCCAUCAGUUUGAACAGUUGUCUGGAUCCAUUUUGUGGAUGGCACCAGAAGUCAUCAGAAUGCAAGAUAAAAAUCCAUACAGCUUUCAGUCAGAUGUAUACGCAUUUGGGAUUGUUCUGUAUGAAUUGAUGACUGGACAGUUACCUUAUUCAAACAUCAACAACAGGGACCAGAUAAUUUUUAUGGUGGGACGAGGAUACCUAUCUCCAGAUCUCAGUAAGGUACGGAGUAACUGUCCAAAAGCCAUGAAGAGAUUAAUGGCAGAGUGCCUCAAAAAGAAAAGAGAUGAGAGACCACUCUUUCCACAAAUUCUCGCCUCUAUUGAGCUGCUGGCCCGCUCAUUGCCAAAAAUUCACCGCAGUGCAUCAGAACCCUCCUUGAAUCGGGCUGGUUUCCAAACAGAGGAUUUUAGUCUAUAUGCUUGUGCUUCUCCAAAAACACCCAUCCAGGCAGGGGGAUAUGGAGAAUUUGCAGCCUUCAAGUAGCCACCAUCAUGGCAGCAUCUGCUCUUAUUUCUUAAGUCUUGUGUUUGUACAAUUUGUUAACAUCAAAACACAGUUCUGUUCCUCAAAUCUUUUUUUAAAGAUACAAAUUUCCAAUGCAUAAGCUGAUGUGGAACAGAAUGGAAUUUCCCAUCCAACUAAAGAGGAAAGAAUGUUUUAGGAACCAGAAUUCUCUGCUGCCAGUGUUUCUUCAGCAAAAAUACCACGAGCAUACAAGUCUGCCCAAUCCCAGGAAGAAAGAGGAGAGACCCUGAAUUCUGACCUUUUGAUGGUCAGGCAUGAUGGAAAGAAACUGCUGCUACAGCUUGGGAGAUUUGCUAUGAAAAGUCUGCCAGUCAACUUUGCCCUUCUAACCACCAGAUCAAUUUGUGGCUGAUCAUCUGAUGGGGCAAUUUCAAUCACCAAGCAUCGUUCUCUUUCCUGUUCUGGAUUGUUGUGGAACUCUUUCCCCUAGCGACCACCAGUUAAUUUCUGAGGGAUGGAACAAAAAUGCAGCUUGCCCUUUCUGUGUGGUGUGUGCGUGUUCAGGCCUUGACAAAUUUUAUCAAAAGGAAGCUAUUUUAUUUAAAUGGAGGCUGAGAAGUGAGAAGUAGAUGUGUCUUGGUAUGGAGGAAAAGGGCAUGCUGCAUCUUCUUCCUGACCUCCGGGGUCUCUGGCCUUUCAUUUCCUUGCCCACUGAGGGGUCUGCUUAACCAAACAGGCUAGAUAGUGCUGGCACAUACUGCCUUCUUUCUCAUUGGGUCCAGCAAUUAAGAUAAGUGUUUGAGGAUUUUUUUUCCUCUACAAUGUAGCAAAUUCUCAGGAAAUACAGUUUAUAUCUUCCUCCUGUGCUCUUCCAGCCACCAACUACUUAUGCGGCUACUUUGUUCAGGGCACAAAAUGCCAUGGCAGUGUCUAACUAAAAGCCUACAAAACUGCUUAAUAACAGUUUUGAAUGUGAGAAAUUUAGAUAAUUUAAGGUACAGGUUUUAAUUUCUGAGUUGCUUUUAUAUUUUUAUUAAAAAGAAAAUAAUUUUCAGAUUUAACUGAAUUGGAAUAAAAUAAUACUUCCCACUAGAAUUAUAUAUCCUGAAAAUUGUAUUUUUGUUAUAUAAACACCUUUUAAGAAAGAUCAUUAUCCUUUUCUCUACCUAAAUAUGGGGAGUCUUAGCAUAAUGACACAUAUUUAUAAUUUUUCAUUUAAUGGUACUUGCUGGAUCCACACUAACAUCUUUGCUAAUAAUAUUGUUUCUUCCAACUUAUUCGUAACACUACAUCCUACAUCUUCUUUCUAGUCUUUUAUCUAGAAUAUGCAACCUAAAAUAAAAAUGGUGGUGUCUCCA